AUGUCCGGCACUUCCAUCCCCAGCAGUCUACCCCUUCCCCUUCCCCUGAGCGACCUGCCGACUUCCGGCGGUCUCUCGCUCGACACAACGUACGGCGCCUACCUGCUAGGUACCUUCGUGAGCUUGCCAAUGUAUGGGCUGAGCCUACAUCAGCUAUUUCGGUAUAUUCGACUGUAUCCCAAGGAUACGACGUACAUUAGACUUUUGGUGGCCACAGUAAUGACUUUGGAAACGGUCCAUGUCGUCUUGGCGAUGCACGUAUGCUAUCACUAUCUCACAACGAAUUACUUCAACCCAGUUGCGCUAUUGUCACCGGUUUGGUCCAUCACGGCCCAACCUGUCGCGUCGAACAUAGUCGCGUUAGUUGCGGAGAUCUUUUUCGCUCGGCGAGUUUCCUUGCUGGGACCUACGCACCGGAUCAUCGCCGCCAUCGCUAUUAUUCUUCUUCUAGCGCAGUUUGGUUUCACCGUGGUACUGGCAAAGAAGAUCUCUGGGCUCCAGGGUACUACUGCGGGCGGGGUUACGACCUGGAUCUCCCCCGUUAAUUUUGGGUGUGCGGCGCUCGCCGACAUACUGCUCUCCGGGUGCAUCAUUCGUGCCAUGAGACGCAGCAGAGCCCACAGCGAAGGCAAGGGCGACAGCCUGCUGGAUCUCUUCAUGCUUUAUGUUGUGAAUACAGGUCUCCUGACGGGGAUCAUGAACGUCAUCCCUGGCAUGAUCUUGGCACUGGCCCCGUCUAACGAGAUGCGCUGGACGGCAUUCAAUUUCGUCACAUGCAGGCUGGCCGCGAACACUCUUCUCUCCGUCCUGAAUUCGCGCAAGAUGUCAUUCACUCGCGGCAUGGAGAUCCUGGACGGCAAGGUGGCCGGCAGGAACAUCAUCGCACGCGCAAAUCAGCUCGCGGCGGCCGAGCGCUGGGAUGUGCCCCAGGUUCCCGACGUCAGCGCCGCACCGAUCAAGGUCGCCGUCCAGACAGAGACGGAAACGGAUCAGAGCGCCCAGAGAUUGAGCGGGGAGUGUCCGCGCGUUCGUCUGGAUUUAAAGGGCGCGCUCUUGGAGCUUGAAGAUGCAUAG